AUGUCUCUAGAAACCUAUUCUCGCGUAAGGCGCGAGCACUUCACCCAAGACUUAGAACAGUGUCACUAUGAAUCAUCAUCAUCUUCAUCAGAAUCGGAAACAGACUCGAAUUAUUCCGAGUUUGAAGAUAAUAGUUCCGACAACGACGAGAAUGAAGCUUCCACCAUUCGAUCGCCUACCAAGCUAACAUAUCUCGUCGAUCACCUAUCCGAAACUACCCAGUCUACCAUCCGCGAAACCUUCAGAGAACCUCCAAGGAUUGUGCUCGAAAAGUGUCGUCGUAUCGAUGAUACUUAUGCGUUUCAGAUGACAGAGCUUGUUACACGUUCUAUCCGAAUCCGCGCACCAGAAGAUGGAGCUUCCAACAUGAGUUGCUCGUGCCCAGAUAGUGAACAGCCCUGCAGGCAUAUCUUGUGGCUUCUGGACCAAAUCGUUAAACAGACACUGUAUGACGACGACAUCAGCAAACCUCUCAGAAUGAACUCGGCAGGAUACGCUGAGGUGAUUGGAGAUCCUUUCCAGAACAUCUCCAAGUAUCAUCUUGACGUGCUUGCCGAAGGGCUCCAUUCCCACCUUGUUACCCCAGACUCAGAGUACGACAACGAACCAGACAAUUUCCGAGCGCAAGAAGCUCGAGAGUUACUCUCCUCCGUCUACGAUAUGGACCCAAAACAGUUCCGCCCUGACAUCUUCGACCAGGUAUCUCUGGGAAAGAAUGUCAUCAAACGCCAUGAUCUCGAGCAAACCAUUUUUCGCAUGCUUCUGGACAAUCAUCAUUUUUUCCACUACUUCCGCUCCGUCUCGCGCUCAAAAGACUUGAUCAAAGAUCCGUUCCAUAAACUCACACAGCGAAUUGGCCGUGUAAUACGAGAUCUCGACGCCAAAAACCCUUCAUCAGAAGUUGAAUCUUCUCACGAUGUGCCUUGGGCAGCUUCCCAUAUCCUCGGCUGCGUUCGUCGCAUGCGUCACGAGAUAUACGCAAGAGAAAAACCCCUUUCUUCACGCGAGGCCUUAUCCGCAGCACGCAGUCUCGUGCAUGUCUUAAGUUUGGUGGUGUCCCAUAACAAAGAUGAAGGUCUAGGGAGUGUGGCUCGUAUCGAUCGCAACCUUUACCUACGUCUUAUUGGCGACCGCGACCAAGAUUUCAUCCUCAACGUCCUGAAUCUGAUCCCAGAGGCUGCAAGCCAGUUUCUACACAACCUCGAAGAAAUCCUUGACAAAAUCGAGAUAUAUGGCGCACCUGCAGGUUAUGUACAGCGGUUCAGGGCAAUGCUAAGGAGGCUGAGAACGUCGAGUACAGGUUCUGGGUUGAAGCGAUCUGUUCAGGCGCAAAUGGGUGGUAGAAAGACGAGGAGGACUAGGUAG